UCUCACUGAGAAAACAACUGCAUGUUUGUCUCUGAGACUAGCAUCCUCCCUCCUACAGGGAUGAGGGUGCGGGUGGUGAACAUGGAGGGUCAGGAAUUCAUAAUUGAUCUAAAUCCAGACUUGAAAAUCGACGCUGUCAAAAUACGAUCUUUAGGUCAUUUCCUGAACCCGGCUGACAGUAUGAAAAGUUCUCUGUAUCACAAGAUCCUUCUCGUUCGUACAGGAAAAAUACUUAGCGACGAAAAGACACUGUCUCAGGAAGGAGUUACUGACAACGAUGAGUUGAUAAUACUGAAGAAGAGACUAGUCCCAUCCAGAUAUGAGAGCAAAGAUCCGCUGCAGAGAGAAGAAAGUAAAAAAAUCACCAUGGAUACUAUAAAAGAGGUCACAUCCCGUCUUCCUGCAGCAAAAGCACCGAAGGCUCCAGAGACUCCACCAAACCUAGAUUUUCAGACAGAGCUGAGGAAGAUCUUGGUCUCGCUGAUAGAAGCUUCCCAAAAGAUAUUGUGUCUUAAUCCAGAGGCAUCAAAGAUAUUUAAACAAGCUGAAGAUAUGUUAAAAGAAUCAACUGAGCCUAAGAUUGACCAGGUUUCGUUACGAAAACUUACAGAAAUGGGGUUUCCUGAAGGAAGAGCUAAGAAAGCCUUAUUGUUGAAUAAGAUGUCGGUGACAGAAUCAAUGGAAUGGCUAAUACAGCAUGAGGCAGAUCCUGGUAUAGACGAACCUGUCCCUGGUACUGAUGAAACACCAGAACAGGAGGAACAGACUGAGGGAGCUGUAGGAGGCAUGGAUGAUAAUGAUGAUAGUCAGUCACCUCAGGUCACAAAUAUACUCAAAUCACUACGGGCAUUCAGAAGGAGGGAAUUCAAGGCGAAUCCAAGGGCCCUCCAGAACCUAGUGGAGAUGGGAUUUCCUGAAAAAGAUGCCAUUGACGCGCUGAGAGUGGGCAGGAAUGACCAGGAUGCAGCAUGUGACUGGUUGCUAGGAGACCGGAAAACCAAGCCGGAAGAAAUGGAGGAAGGAAUUAAUACCAACAGUUCCAUCUACAAAGCUAUAAUGGCCAAUCCAACAGUACAACUAGGACUGAACAAUCCUCGUUGUUUAUUAGCGUUUCUACAGAUGUUGGAGAGUCCUUUUAUGACACAGCAGUGGCUAAAUGAUCCAGAGACUGGACCACUGUUGGUACAAAUAUCACGUAUUUAUCACUCAGAGAAACACUCGGGUGCACAAUCAGACUCUGCUACCAAAACUGCUGAUACCAUGACACUGUCAUCAUCUAUUUCAUCCUCAGCAUCGUCAGACUCCUCCUUUGCCAGCACAUCAACGCAAAUCCUUUCAUCACAGCAUAAUCGAACAUCCCAAGAGUCUCUCUCAAUACCAAAUAGCCAAAUAUCAAGGUCAGAGAGUGAUCCUAUUGGGACAAGGUCAAGGUUACCAGACAAUGACGAAGUAAAUUCAAGGGCAUUAUUACCAGAGGAUGCUUCAUCUGUUUCGUUAGGAAAUAACCAUACGGAAGAUGGAAGUGAAAAUGAUAUAAGACCUACAGUUGCUAGGCAACAACGUGAUGCGGGGUCACCUCCAGUAACAAUGUCAAGGUCAUCAUCUUCAGGAAAGGUGAAAGGUGAUAACAAGUCUAAAGGAAGGUGACGUCCUGACUUGUAAGCAGCAAGAUUUUAUCGGAUUAUUUAUGUUUUGUUUGAUAUUCACAGCACUCUGUUUUUUUUCUAGUACAUGUACCUAAAGCUAUUUCCUGUCUUGUUCCCAAUUAUUUGUAAAAUUGUGGAACCUGUAAUUAAUUCAGAAACAUUUAGCAACUGGUAUUACUGUGAGUUCCUAAAUCAUAAUGUCUUGGCGAUGCAGUCAUCUUUAGGCAUGUGUUAGUACACUGUAACUUCAGAUGUCAAGAAUUUUUCAAAAUACAGUGUAUUAUUUGACAACUUUCAAAUAAACAUGAAAUUGUAUCUUCAGAACAGAGAAUGUAUUUUUUCAAAAACUGUCUUUCGAUAUUUAAUAAUGUUUCAAAGCUGUGAAUUAACACUCAGAAAUACCAGAUUAAAAUUAAAGACUUUACACAUGCUUGUUUGAUCAUUGCAGUUUAGAAUGUUUAGUUCUAAUUCUGUGCAGUUGCAUGUGCAUUCUUUAAGCAGUCCAGAGUAUUUUCUUUAGUUCCAAGUCCAGUAACAUGUCACAACUACUUAACAUACCACUCCACAAAUGACAGUGUGAUUGGAAUUCAUUCCCUUGAACAAUCUGCCUCAUUUGUAAAUCACACAUAUGUAAUAGAGAAUCCGUGUCAUUGAUUAGUUUUUGGAAGUUGUUUAUUGAAAACAUUAUUUCAUCUUUUGACAAGAUAUUUCUUGUGAUAUUAGCAGGAUAAGUGCUGAUGUGAAGGUUGUGUUAUAAAUUGAGAAGUGCUAAAGCACGAUGUUUGUAAUCACUAUUGUGUAUGUAUAAGAAUGAUAAAUCAGUAUUGCAGUAUUUUCAUAGUGUUUUGAAUUGUCAUGAAUUUUUUUAUGUCCUUGUUAAGAAGUCUGUGACAAAGCUAUAUCAUACUGGUCAUUUUCUAUGUAUAUGGCAAAUUAUGACCAUCUCAAAUUUAUUUAAACAUGUAAAAGGCAUUUGUCCUGUGUAUUAUACUCAUGUCAGUCAUGUUGGGUUUCCGUUGUUCAUCAUAUGAAUGUAGGGGGAUUUGGAGUUCUACCUGUAAGUAUAGGAUUUUGGUUAAAUUGCUGGUUGAAGGUAGGGGGAUAUGGGGUUCUACCAGUAAGUAUAGGAUUUUGGUUAAAUUGCUGGUUGAAGGUAGGGGGAUAUGGGGUUCUACCAGUAAGUAUAGGAUUUUGGUUAAAUUGCUGGUUGAAGGUAGGGGGAUAUGGGGUUCUACCACUGAGUAUAGGAUUUUGGUUAAAUAGCCAUUUGAAGGUAAGGGAGUAUUUGGUUCUACAAGAGGAUGUAGAGCUUGGAUCAAAAUAUUGUAUGAAGUUAGGGGAAUAUUGAGCUCUACCAGAAGAUGUAGAAUCUUUGUCCAAAUAUUGAUGGAGGUUGUGGAAUAUGAAAUUUGGCUUGAUAGUUAGAAUUCUGUUUUGUUAUCUAAGCAUACCACAUGAAGAAUGUUGAUAUCCUUCAUUAUUGACCUUCCUGUUUUUUCCUUCUUUCUAUAUAAUACAGGAACUGCGUAAAAUUGAUAGCUACAUUGUAAGGAGAUAUCAGUGUGUUGAUUGCUUAUAUUACUGCAGUAUAACCUCACUAUUAAGACUUAAAGAUUCUGGAUAAAACUGAUCUGAAUAGACCAUGUAGACAAAUUUCUCUUCUGGUCAUAUUUCCCGAGUAAUCAGAUUGUUAUAUUGGUUUAAAAUGUUGUUCUUAAUUCGGAUAAGCGCACUUGACAACCUAAAUUUAGCUAGCUCACCUGACACCUGGUAGAUGUAUACAGGAUAUGUGCCUGGUAACUUCGUGAUUUUUUGUGAUUGGCCAGUGGUCUGAUAAUUAGUGAGAUGAAAUUCAAUGCAAAACUGGUUUUUAAUUAUAGCUGAUCAUAAUUGUGAGUGGUCUUCACAAUGUAGUCUUACAUGUAAUAGUGAUGCAUGCAAUACACAGACAUACAGAUAAUUUAUUUUUUUAAAUGAAAUUCAGUGGUUUUAAUUGUGAGAAGAUCUUUAACAGAGAUUUCACUAUAAUUCCCUUGUAGUCCAAAUUAUUUCGAUGUUCUAUUCUCCUUUUUUUACAUUAGACAGACCUUUUUCUUAUAAAGUACAAUUUUUUUCCCCUUGAGAACAGUUUUUGUGUGACAGUUACGAGGUAUUGUGUGUAAUGGAAAAUUAUUAAGAAUGUGUGUAAAAAACAUAAAAAUUAUAAAUUGAUUGCAGCACUGAAUUCAAAACCUUUUUGGAUGGUCAUGUAAAUAAAACGCCAGGUUUCAAUAAUUGCUAGGUUUGACAGGCACAGAAAAGUACAUUACAUAUUUAGUUGAUGUACAGACAAAGAUGGCUCAAGAAGAGUGUGCUUCCCAAUGAAUUAACCUGUAUGCCACGUUUUAGUUCAUUUAAAUAAUGGCAUGAUUCAGAAACAGCUGUAUGAUGCAGUUUUAAAGUAUUGUUUAAAGCUUUACUUGUUUCGAAGCGCCCUAUUCUUUAGUUAUUUUUGUCUCCAUACAUAUGCCAUAGUUUCCUGUGCGUGUUUUGAUUAGUAAUUAAAGUACGUUGUUUUCCUUAACGAAAGAUUUUAUUUCAUGAAUCCUAAGAGAUUUAUGAAUAAUCACACAUUUAUAUUUGUGAAGUUGAUUGUUGUUUUUAAUAAAUGAUAUACAUUAUAGAGCACAAUUUGAAAUUCAUUUUGUUGAAUCUAAACGCACAGCCCACAAGGUUUACGAAUUACCUCCCUUUAUGUGUGUUCAAAAUAGGUUUGUUAUAUUAUUUUUGCCUAUUUUUGAAAUAAACAUGGAUACAAAUUUUUUUUAAUUAGCUUAGAAAUUAUCUUCACAAAAAUGAGCUAAUUCAAAUAAUGUUUUACAUGGUUUGAAAUUGAAUGUUGCAAUGAAACUUUUUCAUGAGGUUAUCAUAAUCUUGAGAUAGUGUUUAAGGCCAGUUCAUGUGAUGCUCGUUACAAAGUGCUGUACAUAUGAUGUUAUUAGCUAUGGUAAAACAUUGUUUUAGUUAUUGCAUAAACAUAUCUUCUGGAAGAACAUACCAGUAUUAAACAUAAGCGCCCUUAAGUUUUGCUCUUACAUUUAUUUGAUUUUUUUUUUUACCUAAAGGAUAAAUUCCAAAUGUGAAAGAGCUAAAAGAAUUCAUAAGAAUUUUCAUUUUGUCUUUUUUAAGGCCCUUGUUAGAAGGAAGAACUUUCAUUCAUAAGUUUUCUUUGCUGUUUUGUAUGGUUCCCACAGAAAAAUUGAGAUGCAUCAUAUUUUAAAAUUCUUCAGCAUUUUUUGGAAGUUUGAGUUUUUUCAUCUGAUUAUGAUGGACAUUUUUUUUCAAAAAACCAGGAACAGCUUUUACAUUUAUAAGUAUUUAGUUCUAUCUGUGUAUUUCAUCAUAUGCAUGAUGCCUGAAAUGACAAGUUCUGCCCCAAAAAAAGAAGACAAGAUUGAAGGCCAUGUGCCAUGCUACACAUUUUUGAAAGUCUGUUGCUAUUAAUAGUUAAUUUGGCAUGCUAUCAAUUUUACAAACAUAAUUCUAAAAAUGAGUCUUAAAAAUGAAUUGCUCAAAGAAGUUGUUGGAAAGAUGAUGAACGAAAUCCUGUACCCUGACAUGUUUUACUUUUGUAGCAAAGUGCGACUGUUAUCUUUCUCUUGUAUAAUAAUUGUUUACCAGGGUUGAUUACCACAUCAUACAUGUAUUUACAUGACAAGAAAUUAAUCUUUAUUCACACAUAAUCACACUGGAAAGUUAUGUCAUCCAUGUAUAGAGUGCUUCUUCAAAGAUUCAAGCAAUUUAUCAUAUGUUUGAGAGGUAUGUUUCUAUGCAAAUAAAGAUAUAUGAUGAUGUUGUAA